GAGGAGCCACAGAGAGCUGCGCCACGGUGAGGCAGGGCACGGCACGGUAGCACAGGGGACUGGACCGGCUGAACACGGUCCUCAGCACAGGACACCGCCGCACACACUUUGCUACCAUUUUCGGAGAUAAGAGGACGCUCAGGGUAAUCUACAUCCAGACAGAAGAGGAAUUUGGCUCAGAGCAACAUUUUCUUCCGUAGUUCGCGGGAAGAAGAGCUUCACAGGAGCCGGGGGGGGCACGGUAGCGUCAGACCGCGGUCAGUAGCUGUCGAUAGCUAUCCGAGUGUGAACGCUCAGCUCCCAGUCGGCGAACUCCUUCUUCCUUUGGUGGUGCUGACAGUUGUUAAAGAGCCCGAAGGUAGCAUACGGCAGCGUUUCGUGUGAAGCUGUGUGGGAAGGAGCCGUCUGUCCGCCAUGGAGAACGCUCACACGAAGAGUGUGGAAGAAGUUUACAGUUAUUUCUGCGUCAAUGAAAGCACAGGACUUUCCCUGGACGAGGUGAAGCGUCAGAAGGAGAAGUGGGGCCUAAACGAGUUACCAGCAGAGGAAGGGAAAUCUUUGUGGGAACUUGUCCUUGAACAAUUUGAAGAUUUACUUGUUCGAAUUCUCCUGCUGGCUGCAUGUAUAUCUUUUGUCCUGGCUUGGUUUGAGGAGGGGGAAGAAACUAUCACCGCUUUUGUGGAGCCUUUUGUAAUUUUACUCAUUCUUAUAGCCAAUGCCAUCGUCGGUGUGUGGCAGGAACGCAAUGCUGAGGAUGCCAUUGAGGCGCUUAAGGAGUAUGAGCCUGAGAUGGGCAAAGUGUACCGGCAGGACAGGAAAACUGUGCAGAGGAUCAAGGCCCGAGACAUCGUGCCUGGUGAUAUCGUGGAGGUGGCUGUUGGAGACAAGGUCCCUGCUGACAUCCGUAUCUGUUCGAUCAAAUCAACAACUCUGCGGGUAGAUCAGUCCAUUCUGACCGGUGAAUCUGUCUCUGUCAUCAAACACACGGACCCCGUCCCCGACCCUCGUGCUGUCAAUCAGGACAAGAAGAACAUGCUCUUCUCUGGUACCAACAUUGCAGCCGGGAAGGCCGUGGGUGUGGCCGUGUCCACUGGUGUUAACACAGAGAUUGGAAAGAUCCGUGAUGAAAUGGCGGCGACUGAGCAGGAGAAGACGCCCCUGCAGCAGAAGCUGGACGAGUUUGGGGAGCAGCUGUCCAAGGUCAUCUCCCUCAUCUGCAUCGCCGUGUGGAUCAUCAACAUCGGCCAUUUCAACGACCCCGUCCACGGAGGCUCCUGGAUCCGCGGGGCCGUCUACUACUUCAAGAUCGCCGUGGCGUUGGCUGUGGCUGCCAUCCCUGAGGGUCUUCCUGCUGUCAUCACCACUUGCCUGGCCCUGGGCACUCGCCGCAUGGCCAAGAAGAACGCCAUCGUCCGCAGCCUGCCAUCUGUGGAGACCCUGGGCUGCACCUCUGUCAUCUGUUCUGACAAGACGGGAACACUGACCACCAACCAGAUGUCUGUCUGCAGAAUGUUCGUUACCAACAAGGCUGAAGGUGACAGCUGCUCUCUAUCAGAGUUCACCAUCACAGGUUCUACCUACGCACCUGAGGGAGAAGUGUACCAGGAUGGUAAACCAGUGAAGUGCACCCAGAAUGAUGCCCUGGUUGAACUGGCUACCAUCUGUGCCCUGUGUAAUGACUCCUCUCUGGACUUCAAUGAGGUGAAGGGUGUGUACGAGAAGGUCGGCGAAGCCACAGAGACCGCGCUGACCUGUCUGGUGGAGAAGAUGAACGUCUUUGACACUGAAGUCCACAGCCUGUCCAAGAUUGACAGAGCUAACGCCUGCAACUCAGUGAUAAAGCAGCUGAUGAAGAAGGAGUUCACCCUGGAGUUCUCCAGAGACAGGAAGUCCAUGUCUGUCUACUGCAGCCCCAACAAUCGUUCUUCCAUGAGCAAGAUGUUUGUCAAGGGGGCCCCAGAGGGAGUUAUUGAGAGAUGUACUCAUGUCAGAGUUGGCAACAGCAAAGUUCCCCUCAGCAAAGGUAUCAAGGAAAAAAUCCUGUCUGUGAUCCGUGAGUAUGGGACAGGUCGUGACACGCUACGGUGCCUGGCUCUGGCCACAAGAGACAGCCCGCCCAAAAAGGAGGACAUGGUACUCUCUGACACUGCCAAAUUCUCCGAGUAUGAGUCCGACCUGACCUUCGUCGGCUGUGUCGGCAUGCUGGACCCCCCCAGACAGGAGGUGGCCGCCUCUAUCGCGCUGUGUCGCCAGGCUGGCAUCCGAGUCAUCAUGAUCACCGGGGACAACAAGGGCACAGCUGUGGCUAUCUGCCGGCGCAUUGGCAUCCUGACCGAGGAGGAUGACGUGGAGCGCAUGGCCUUCACCGGACGAGAGUUCGAUGAACUCUCGGCCCACGCCCAGCGCGACGCCGUGACUCACGCUCGCUGUUUCGCCCGUGUCGAGCCUUCCCACAAGUCCAAGAUCGUGGAGUUCCUGCAAGGAUUUGAUGAGAUCACUGCCAUGACAGGUGAUGGAGUGAACGAUGCCCCUGCCUUGAAGAAGGCAGAGAUCGGCAUCGCCAUGGGCUCUGGCACUGCCGUGGCCAAAUCAGCCUCUGAGAUGGUCCUCGCUGAUGACAACUUUUCCUCCAUCGUUGCCGCCGUUGAAGAAGGAAGAGCUAUUUACAAUAACAUGAAGCAGUUCAUCAGAUACCUCAUCUCCUCCAACGUGGGGGAGGUCGUUUGCAUCUUCCUUACUGCGGCGCUGGGCUUCCCUGAGGCUCUGAUCCCAGUUCAGCUGCUCUGGGUCAACCUGGUGACUGAUGGUCUCCCUGCAACCGCCCUGGGCUUCAACCCCCCAGAUCUGGACAUCAUGGAGAAGCCUCCUCGUAACGCUAAGGAGCCCCUCAUCUCUGGCUGGCUGUUCUUCAGAUACCUGGCCAUUGGAGGCUACGUGGGUGCAGCCACAGUGGGAGCUGCUGCCUGGUGGUUUACUGUCUCUGAGGAUGGACCUCAGCUCACUCUGUACCAGCUGAGCCACUUCCUCCAAUGCGCGCCAGACAACCCAGAGUUCGACGGCUUGGACUGCCACGUGUUUGAGUCACCCUACCCUAUGACCAUGGCCCUGUCGGUGCUCGUCACCAUUGAGAUGUGCAAUGCUCUCAACAGUCUGUCGGAGAACCAGUCCCUGCUGAGGAUGCCUCCCUGGGAGAACAUUUGGCUCCUGGGGGCCAUCUGCCUCUCUAUGUCCCUCCACUUCCUCAUCCUCUAUGUGGAACCUCUGCCUGUCAUCUUCCAAAUCACCCCUCUGGAUACAACCCAGUGGAUGAUGGUGCUGAAGAUCUCCCUGCCCGUCAUCCUGCUGGACGAGCUGCUAAAGUUUCUUGCCAGGAACUACUUGGACUUUGGUAAACAGCUGGAGAAGCCGGCCAGCAAAGGCUGCUCUCUGUCUGCAUGCGCCGAGGGCAUCUCCUGGCCCUUCGUGGCCAUCGCCCUGCCCCUGGUGCUGUGGAUCUACAGCACCGACACUAACGUGUCCGCCAUGUUGUGGCCCUGACUGACUCCAGUACACUACCCUCCCUGUGCACCAGUGUGAAGUGGACAUUAACACACACAUCUAACACAGUUACAUUAACUCGGAACAACUCACAGUCAACACUUGCACCUGUCUGACAGUCUGUCAGCUGUCAGAUCUUUUGUAUUUAGGACAUUCUCACGAAACAUGUUUUUGGGCGGGGGGCUGGGGGUUUAGUCAUAUUUUAAUGACUCUGACUGGCAUUAUGUCUGUGUUUUACUUUACCAUCAUGCUUUUCUCUCUUUUGAUCCCCUGUUUUGAACAGUUAGAGAUGCCCACCUUGUCGGACUUGUGUGUUGAGCUGUACAGAGAAUUUACACUAUUUUAUAAUGAUUAAUAUUUUGUAAUUUUUGGGAGGGGCUGUGGGGAGCAGAACACUGGGUCUGAAGAGGGUGUGAUUCUAAGGACCAUAUAGUACAAAUCUAAUUUUGGGGUAAAGACUUGAAUCUAUUUGCCCUGGCAUGAAUCUCUACAGUCAUUUCUGAGCUCCAUGCAUGGUCAUUCAUUUUUUUUCUGCAGUAGGCAGAGCACAGCUACCUCAGUGCUGUUAAUAUGACCAUUACUACACAUUUGUCUUAACAAACAUUUCAUCUUUUCAUCACCAAUUUGUUUUGCAGUAGAGAAAAUGCCCUCACACAUAUUUUAAUGUUUUUUUAAUAUACUUUUCUGUUAUUGGAGGGAAGAGGACAAAGAUAUGUUACCAGUUUGAAUCAGAGCAACUUUUGAUAAAGCCUGUUGUUAAAUUUGUUUACUUGAAGAAACCACGUCUUGAUCUUAUUUUUAUUUUUUUUAAGUUUGAUUUAUGAGAUUCAGUCUCAACUUUCAGUCUUAAUUUUACAUCUUAAUUACCGUAAACUUUCUAAUGUAUCUAUAAUGUGCACAUACUGUACUUGAAUAUGUAAAAAAGGCACCAAGAAGCUGUUAGUCUUAUCAACUGAGCACAAGAUGGACGACCGGUCAUUGGAGGAGUCUGUAUAUCUGUACAUAGCACACAAAGUAGAAUCUCUGUAUAGAUUUUUUUGUCGUUGUUGCUGUCAAUAUGCUCCAUACAUUUACACUAGUUUACUUAAGCGUGGUCUUAGCCUUUCUGCAUGCCUGCUCCAAUAAUACCAGGCCAGUGAGCGCUCUGAGGUUUUUAGUUGUAAAGCUAACUGUCGUUUCUUCCAAUGCCUUCCACCUGUUUACCUGCAGAGUGAGUACACUUUGACCUGCAUGCCAGCUCACGCUCGCUCAUCUUUACAUGGUCGCAUACGCAGCUUUGCCGUCUGUCAUUGCUGAUAUGAGAAUGACAGCACCUCAUGUUUUUGAUAGGACUAGCAGGUUUUUGUAAAUUAUAUUUUUAAUGGUACAAGAGUAAGAGGGGGGGAAAUUAAGGUGUUAAGAGUUGCCUUCAGUGUCACCAAGUGCCAGAUUACAUGCUCGGUAGCAAUAGGAUCCUUUUGCAUUUGAAACUGGCACAGUGUCACUGGUGCCAGUUAUUUUUGACUGCAGACUGGCAGCAUGUUUUGGCAACUGGCAGAGACACUGACAUUUAACACCACUAUAGGACAUGGUGUUGUUGUUUGUUUUUUAUUUAUACAUCUUUUUUAAAAAUUGCAUUUGUCUUUUGACCAAAUCCUCUGCUUGCCAAUUGCAUGGCCUUAAUAUAUUUGCUCCUUUUUUGAAAAGAAGUACUGAUGAAUUUAAAUUAUUUGCUGCUCAGAUGUCCACUGAUUUGAUUCUCCCUCUCUUCUUUUUCUUUGCAGUAAAGGCCAAGUAAGCCCACCUCUACUCUAAAUUCCUUGCAGAAACUUUGGUUUUGUUUUGUGUUGUGCAUGUGUGUUUUGGGCAGCACAUCUUACAAGAGCUGCAUGUCAGUUAAGUAAUAUGAAGACAGAGGCUCGUGAAGUUCAUACAUCAUUUUUAUAGAAUGGCCAUAAAUGUCUGAUGAAAACUAGCCAACCCCACCUCAUCGGUCCUUCCAUCCUCCUGCAUGAAGAGCCUUAGAUUACAGUACAAUUCUCAUGCCAUCUUUUUAGACAAAGAUCUUAGUACCGUGUACAGUAAAUUGUACGAUAUUCCACAGUGCAUGUCUGCUGAAUCAGCCAUCUGUUUAACCAGACUUGUGUAAUAGACAAUGUAUAGUAUUGGUAAAUAGAAUAGACAUUCGUCAAAUAGUACAAAUGUUAAAUAAGCUCAAAAAAAAAAACAGUUCAUCUUUCCUAAGGAAA